AACCGAGAGAAAAACGCAAUCGCCACUAAUUUUGUCAAAUCAGAUUUAUGCUUCAUUAUGGCUGAGAUCCCCUUUAGCCCCCCCACUGUUCUCAAUAUCGUGAAGGCGAGCUUUCCGCAAGGCCCUGGGACGGCACCUCCUCUGAAAUCACCCUACGAUGCUGCUGCGAUAUUCAUCCAUGCGUGCAUGCUAUCGGUGGGCUUUCGCCUGGUGGGGUUGAGUGAGGAUGACAAUCUGGGUACUGUUGAACUGCUCAAUUUUUUACUAUCCUGUUACCGCCAUGCUAACAAUUGGUUGCAGAAACGCCCAUCGAAGGCUCGGAUCCUAAGCCACUCCCACAGAACUGGAACGCUGCUCCUGGGAGCUACGGUUUCCGGUAUGCGCACUCGCAAUCGUCUCUACAAUACUUGGUAAAGGUGAACCGACUGGGGAACAAAGCCGUAGUAAUGGGUUUGGGAAUCGGCGACGACAAAACCACCUCUUUUGACAUUGUUGUGAAGGACUUUCUUAGCGAGAGCUUCUUCCCAUACUCCGCCGGGAAUGGCGUGGCGAAGCUGGAAGACGGGUUCAUUAGCGCAAGUAGAGCGCAAGAUCUGGCCAAUUUAGUCAAGAUCAAUAUAGUGCAGAAAUUGGUUCCGGGACUCCACAAACCGGGCUACGAAGAAGACCGCGGCGGGGAAAGCUCAACCCGUCAAGAGACACAACAGCCCAGGCGACGAUCAGGCGAGUUUGGCCCACCAAGUUUCCCGAGACCAUACGGCGGUCCAGGCUUCGGCCCGCAGCCCGGCCGAUCACCCGUUCCGGCGGGUGGUGAGCGACCCCCAGGCUUCGACGAUGAAUAUGAAAUUCUCCAACCACCGCGAGGCAGCGGUGGAUACGGCAUGGGCCCCGGCGGCCGAAACCCAUUGAGUAUCGGGGAAGACGACUUGAACCCUCCAGGCCUCGGCCGGAAUCCUCCGCUUGUCGGUCCGUUCUUUGGUCAAGGCCCUGGAUGGAGCGAGCCCGGGCCGAGCGGAAUGCACCCAGGACCAGACCAUCCUAUGUUUGGCGGUGGUGGUGGAGGAAUCCCCGACCCAAGGUAUUUAUUUAUCUAUAUAGCCUUGCUUUGUAGUUAGCUCUUGUGGGUGUAGUGCUGACUGGUGUGUGUUAGAUUUCCACCUGGAGCACGAUACGAUCCGGUUGGGCCCGGUGAUGUUCCGCAAGGAGGCUUACGGGGCCCCAGAGGGCCGUUUGGGCCUGGUGGAACCGGGGGUCCGCCGGGGUUUCGAGGAGGGCCGCCGAAUCCAUUUUCGUCGUUUGGGGAUGGCGAUUUCCUUUAGGCUUCUUCCGUAGCGCUGGGUUUCUGGGACUGGAAUGAGAUUAAUGGGAUACUUGUAUUUUAACUUUCUGAUGAGGGAAUGAUGAGGUUUGGAUGUGGAGUUUAUGCCUUUUCAUUGGUAUUUUGUUUGGUAAAUGGGGUAACUUCGGUAUGACCGGAAUACCACGCACGCCUUGCGGACUUUGCGUAUAUUUUUUGCCCCUCUUUGAUAGCCUUAGUUCCCGUACCGAUAACAUCGCCCACUAUCACGCAGCGCCUUAAUCCCAUAGCUAUAUUGUUAAACCCGAGACAAUUUAAGGCCAAUAUCUUCUUCAACACUCACAAUGGGGCGGAGGAUCUUAGGGUAUGAGAAUUGAGGAGAAAAUCGCAGGCUUCGUUCUUU